CUUCAUUGGUUUCGUCACUGCUCUUUCACGUUUUUUGGAAGCUUUAUCGCAGCAAUGUAGCUUCCGGACCCUAAACUGCUCAAUCGGGACAGAUGAGUCGCAAUCGGAGGAGGUGCCUGAUGUCUCGGAUCUUUGACUGUUUAUGACAUCGGUAAUACGAGAUGAUUGGUGAGAUGAUAGCUUGUAGCAAUUCAGCUACACGGACAAAAUACCCAGCAAACAAGAUGGGCGUCAUAGACAUUUUAUUCAGAGUAGAUGAAAUUUGCAAGAAAUAUGACAAGUACGAUAUCGACAAGCAGCGGGAUCUUAAUACCUAUGGCAAUGACGCCUUCGCUCAUCUCUAUGCCUCUGUCGAGUCUGACAUUGAAGCUGCUCUGCAGAAAUCUGAAUCGGCUACCACGGAGAAGAACAGGGCUGCUGCGGCGGCAAUGAAUGCUGAGGUUCGUAGGACUAAGGCUCGAUUGAUGGAAGAACUUCCUAAGCUGAAAAAAUUGGCUCAUAAAAAGGUCAAAGGGCUUUCAAAAGAAGAACAUGCAGUCCGUCCUGACCUGGUUCUCGCACUGCCAGAGAGGAUUCAAGCCAUACCAGAUGGGACUGCAGGAGCAGCACAAAGUGGAGGAUGGGCAGGAUCAGCACCUAAUAAAAAUAUCAAGUUUGACACAUCAGAAGAACACCUUGAUGAUGGGUUUUUCCAACAAUCUGAAGAAUCAAGUCAAUUCAGACAAGAGUAUGAAAUGCGGAAGUUAAAACAGGAUCAAGGUCUUGAUUUUAUAUCGGAAGGAUUGGACACGCUGAAAGAUUUGGCUCAUGACAUGAGUGAGGAAUUGGAUAGGCAAGUUCCUUUAAUGGAUGAAAUUGAUACAAAGGUGGAUAAGGCAUCUUCAGAUCUUAGAAAUACAAAUAUUAGGCUGAAGAAAGCAAUUGUUGAGGUAAGGUCCAGUAGAAACUUUUGCAUUGACAUGAUUCUGCUUUGUAUAAUCCUAGGAAUUGCGUCCUACAUCUACAAUGCAUUGAGAUGAAGAGUUUCUGUGGGCUUGUUCUGUUGACUACUUUAUCAUAAUGUCGUCUGGUAUAAUGGAUUCCAUCAUUUGAGGGCCUCUUCUGAUUCUUUCAGUAUCUUAAGCGUAUGUUUAUUUAUUAUGUUUCCCCCGAAUAUUUGGUUUCUUGUAUCAACCAUUUGAAAAUAAUAAUUGGAGCUUUAAACAUGUAGUAAAAGAACAAUUUGUCACACUGUGAUAUGUUACAGCCCUUUUGCUUGCAGA